UCUGGUUCCGCGACUGCAAAGGUCGAACGCAAUGCUGAGAGCCGUGAUUCAUCAAAUGGAGAAAAAGUUCUUUGCUCCUCUCUAGGGGUAAUAUUCAGCUUGCUGGUGCUCACAUGAUCGUUCAAGGUAUCGGUUUUCAGAAGUCUAGUUGUAUUGCAUUCGGUAUACUGGUGUGCUUAGUUUGCAAUGCUGCUGAACGGAGACACUUUUUUUGUCACAUAACAUGAUUGAAGCAGUACUUAGCAUUCAGAUUCAAGGGGAUAGAUAAUGUCACCGGGGCAGAUACAAAACUUGAAAUUGUGGGCAAAACAGCGAUACACUGGUAGGAACAUUGCUUCUACAUUUACAACUCACUUUUUUAGAAAAUCCAAGAAAUUGCUACUUACUGCUUUGAAAAUAGACUUCACUGGUAUUACUUCCACUUCGAAAUCGUAUGAGAUUUCGGGGUUUGUCACUUUUCAAUAAAUGAGCUACUACACACCACAACUACUUCACGAUUCUUUUGACACCUACAUUCAUUUCGUUGGGACAGCCACUGUUUUGUACGCCAUUGCGCUAGUGCUUGUUGCAUGCACUUACAUCUCCUUUUACCGAAAGUGGCAGGACCCAUACCCAAAUUUUAGUUUCCUCUCGAAAACAAGCUACCCGAAAUCAAAGAAGAAGAUGCCACGCCGACAGAAGAACAAGACUGCGGCCGCGCGGCCGGACACCUUUUACGGACGCCACGCUGACCUGGAUCUCGAGCUUUCCGACGAGGACAACGAGAUCGGCGACACCGCGCCCGACAUGUCGGACGAGUUGGCGGAAGCGCUGCAGGACGGCUCCUUCGACAUGAGCUCCAUGCUCGAAAUGUUGAAGAUGGCAGCGGGUGAACUCGGCCAAGCUGGGGAGCAGGGCGAUGAGGACGAUACUACCGGCACAAACCCCGAGGACCUGAAGCAUUUGCUCACCAGUCUGCAGAGCCACAUGACCGGGGGCGGCUCGACCUCGUUGUCUGAGGCGGAGGGCAUGAAGGCCGAAUUCGACCAGAUGGUGAAGGAUUACCGCAGCCAGCUCUCGUUCUCCCGCUGGUACUGCGCUUUGCGGCCUCUGUUUUUCCUCCGAAACGGGAAAAUGGUCUUCAACAAAAGAGAGGUCGAGAAGAUCGAAAAAAACGCGAAAAAUGUGCUUGCGGUGCCGAGUAAGGAACUUUUUUCUGACGUCGAUUCAGCUAGUACAACAUCCCUUGAAGACAAUGCCGGUCGUCUCCGCACCUGGAAGAACAAGGACUUGACGGCGGAAGAAAAAGCCGCCCUCACGCCGGAGAAUUCCUGGCCGGCACCGAAGAACGCGGACCAGGUGAAGACCUUGAUCAAGAAACUCGGGCAAGCGGUCGCGUUCGAUGAGCGCGGUUGCUUGUGGAUCAGUGCGGACGGGGAUGUCUUGCUGAAGGCGGCAAAAAAGUUUCUGAAGGAAUUGCCCGUCGAAGCGAACUGCUUGAUUGGCUGGGUGACGGUGACCACCAACAAGCACGCGAGCGCGGACAUCGGCGGUUACAGUGACGCAUUGAUGAACACGGUCGUACCCGCCAAAGAAUGCUUUGAAAAGGCCUUGACCGCCCGCCGGAAGGAGAAGAGAAGCAAAAAGCAGCAAAUAAAUGAGCAAGAUCUUUCCACCUACGAGGCGUUCCUCGACGACUACUUUCAAAUUCGGGAGUUCAAGAUUCUGAAAAUGAUUGCUGGCAUGUGCGCGCAGCUGAAGGCCUGGGGGGAGGCUUUGAGCUGGAUGCUUGAGGGUAGCAAGUGCGACGAUGCGACCGAGGACGAAAAAAUCGACCAGUUGAACGAGAUCGGGUUCUGCUACGAGCAGAUCGGGCAGACGAGGAAGGCAAAAGAAGCGUGGUUGAAGUACAUGGACCACUGGCUCCCGAAGCUGGAGCGGCACGAGGUGCCUGAGAAGUCCAAAGCGAGGACCUACAUGACGAAAGUCGCGUUCCGCCUGGCGCAGCACGCGUACGAGCACGAGGGCAGCGUGCCCGAGGGCGACAAGUGGCUGGACAUCGCGACGACCAAAUUGUACCCACAGUUGAACGAUGCCGGGAAGAGCGAGGCCGCUAUGGCCAAGAUCGGGGCCGAGGGUGCGCGCAAGGAUUUGACUGGUGAAGGGAGGAGUAAGAAGAGUAAUGGUUCUUUCAAGCCGAAAAGCAGAACCACUGGCGCUCCACCUCCCUCGGGAGCCGGGAAUGGGUCCGAACGACCCCCCGUCGUGAAGAAAUUCGAACUCGGUGACGUAGUGGAGAUCGUCCGGGCGCAAAAGUACGUCGGGGAGCGCGGUGAAAUCGUGUCGGGCGGUUACAAGGACGCAAACGACGUGCCGCGGGUCAAAGUGGAACUGAAGUACGUGUCCGGCGUCGCUCUGGACGAACCAAAGGAGAUCGCAUUUCAAGCUGCCCAUCUGGACUUGGUCUACAGCAGCACGAAAGCCACCGAGAUCCAGCUGGAAUUCGAGCAGGACGCAAAGAAGGUUUUGUCGCACAAGAAACGGUUCUGCGUCGGCGACGAGGUGGCCAUCGUGGACCUGGUGAAGCGGGCGGACUUGAACGGGCGCCGAGGUUUGAUCCGCAAACCAAUCUCGAUGUUCCGGCCCCGGUACGGGGUGCAGGUUUUGCCCAAGGCACGAAAGGAAGGUGAGGACUUGUCUUCAGUCGGGGAAGAUGAAAUCGUCCAUGUGUUGCCGAAGAAUUUGAAGCGGAUCUGGACCGGCUGUGACAGCGAUAGCACCUCCACCGCGACUACAAGCAUGCAGGACACCACUCGUUGCGCUAUUUGCUGGCAGUUGCUGAAAGAAAACACGAAGGCGGGGAAAGUGCUGGAAAAGUUCACGCCGCAUGGGAAUCAGUACUGUCUGGACUGCGUGGAUGCGUUCGUGGCUAACGGGCUGACGGAAGACAAGGUGUGCAUCAUCACCCGCGACAUCGCGGACGAACAGGAGUUUGCAGUUAUUUCCAAAGUGACCGCCGAACGGCGAGCGAAGAGUUGCGCGUUAGUGGUUCCGGGUCCCGCGCCGUUGAAGGUCGACGAGCAGCCGCAACUGGUCGGUUCCAACGCCGCACCGAAACUGUUUCAGGAGUUCGACUCCGGCCGCGCGCAGGCGCAGCACGAGUACGCAAAGUUUAUGGCGGCGACGCCGGAGUUUUUCCACGAAGCGCGGAAAAAAGCGAAAGAAGGAAAGAUCACGAACGAGGAGGCAUUGAACGUGUGCAAGGACGACUACCACAAGCGGAGGCUGGAGAUGCUGCGGCAGCGCCACGCCGGGUUCCGGGCCCAGGGCAAGACCGCGUACGCCACGGCGGAGUUCCCGGCGGACGCCGCUGUCAACGCCAAUAACUACAUGAAGGGCUGCUGUGCGGAGGACGGGUCAGACGACCCCGUGAUCCAGCGCGCCUGCGACGUGAAGAAGAACCAACUGGACAAGUUUGGCGACGGGGACCAGUCGGCGUUGACCGUGGUUCCGGGGGGACCGGGAGCGGAUUUGGAGCAGUACUGGUCCACGGGCGGGACGUUCAACCCCUUCCAGCGCCCCAUGGAGUACUCGGCGUUGCUGCGGGCCGCGAGUUGGGGCAGUGUGCGGGAAGUGCAAGCGAUUCUGGAGUCGAUCAAGGACGAACCGAGGGAGGUGCGGGUCCAGUAUUUGGAGUUCCGGGAAUCCUCUCUCCGCAUGACGCCGCUGUUGGGGUUGGUGACCGGAUCCCGGUCCUGCGACCUGACGCGCGGGGUGGUUUGUCCGGCGUACUUGUGGCCGAACCCGCCGAAGAAGCGGGACGUGGACCACGUGAAGUGUGCGAAACUGCUGCUAGAAGCGGGCGCGAACCCGGACUGCAGGGACAUUCUGGGGAAAACGCCCUUGAUGCAGUGCUGCAACAGUAUGGCCACGACAACGUCGCUGGCGGUCGCGGAAGUUCUCGUCGAGUUUAACGCGGACCUGGCGCCGCUGUGUCGAUUGGGCAAUUGCCUGCUGAUGGAAGCCGUCAACACCGGCCGCACGGAUUGCGUAAAGAAAAUGCUGGACUUGGGGGUCGAUCCGAACCUGACUCUGGAAGUCCGCAUGGGCGGUAUGAUGCCAAGGGGGAUGCGAAUGCCGAACAAGCUCAUGGAUUUCCCCUUUCGGACUACCGGUGCUCAAGAGUGCCAGGCGCUACUGCGGCAGGCCGCUGCAAAAGGGAGGAACGGGGGCGCGGGAAGAAGAAAGAAGUAGAAUGAAGAAAAAACACCCAGGGUUUGCACAUAAGUAGUUGUCGCGAUUUUUUUGUACAAAGAGACCGACUCUCAUUCAGCAAAAAAAUAACGAAUUGCAAAGCGAUAACGAGAACGAGUUUGCUCGUGGACAUUUUUUCAAGAUAUUUUUGUCACGCACGGGUGGAGCCGAAUAAAAUAUUGGUUGAGGAUUUUUAUUCUUCUGAAUACACACAUCGAUAAUAUUGUGGACCGGCUAAGAAGCAGCAUUUCAAAGCCAAAGAGGGUUUAUGUCAUGGACGACAG